AUGAAAAUUGAUUGUAAAAGAGUUUCAUUAAUUGGUUCACCUGAACCUAGAUGGGGACAUACUGGUACAACUUUACCUAAUGGUAGUGGAUUUAUAGUAUUUGGUGGAAAUAGUAAUAGAGCAUUCAACGAUAUACAAUAUUAUAAUAUCUUUAAUAAUAGUUGGUCAAAAAUUGAAGCAGUUGGAAAUGCACCAUCAGAAAGAUAUGGACAUAGUGCAGUACUAUAUCAAUCACAAUCAAGACCCUAUAGUGAUUCUUAUCAAAUUAUAUUUUUUGGUGGUAGAGCUACAAGUAAACCAUUCUCAGAUAUUAAUAUAUUAUAUGUAAAUAGUAAUAGAAGUUUUAUUUGGAAACAAGUUACAACUAAAUCAAUUGAAGGUAGAGCAGGACAUACAGCAGUAGUUUAUCGUCAAAAUUUAGUAGUAUUUGGUGGACAUAAUAAUCAUAAGAGUAAAUAUUACAAUAGUGUAUUAUUAUUUAGUUUAGAGUCGAACGAAUGGAGACAACAGGUAUGUGGAGGUGUUAUACCAUCAGCACGUGCAACUCAUUCAACAUUUCAAGUUAAUAAUAAUAAAAUGUUUAUAUUUGGUGGAUACGAUGGUAAAAAGUAUUAUAAUGAUAUCUACUAUUUGGAUUUAGAGACAUGGAUUUGGAAAAAGGUGGAAGCUAAAGGUACACCUCCCAAACCAAGGAGUGGUCAUUCAGCAACAAUGAUUCAGAAUAAUAAGUUAAUGAUUUUCGGUGGAUGUGGAUCAGAUUCAAACUUUUUAAAUGACAUUCAUAUACUACAUAUUGAGGGUGCAAAUGAGUAUAGGUGGGAGCAACCCUCCUAUUUAGGUUUAGAGAUUCCUCAAGCUAGAUUUAGACAUACAACCAAUUUCAUUGGUGGUAGAGUUUACAUUUAUGCUGGUACUGGAUCUGGUAAUUUAAUGGGUGAUCUUCACACUUUAGAAUUCUUGGAUGAUAAUAAUACUCCUUUAAUACCAAUUACAAUCUCAAUACCAAUCACAAAUUCAAAUAGUAUUGUUGGUUCACCUAAUACCUCAAUUAGUUGUGGUGUUAGUAAUAGUGGUGCUAGUAGUAGUAGUGGUGGUGGUAUUAGUGGUCAUCCUUCAAUUUUAUCAUCUUCAUCUUCAUCUUCUUAUUUAUCAACUUCACCAUUAUCAACUUCAUCUUUAGCUUCAAGUUAUCAAAGUUCUCAAAGUUUACAAUUUAAUCAAAAUCAAAAUCAAAAUAAUAAUAAUAAUAAUAACAAUAAUAAUAAUAAUAAUAUUCAAACAACAACUACAACAACAACAAAUAAUAAUAAUAAUAAUAAUAAUAAUAAUAAUAAUAAUAAUAAUAAUAAUAAUGUUGAGUCUAAUCAACAACAACAACAAAUUCAACACCAAACAUCACCAAUGUCAGUAUUAUCAAGAUCAAAUUCAAAUAUAAGUUUAAAUUCAUUAAAUUCAUCAAGUUCAUCAAUAUUAUCAACACCAUCAACACUUUCAACAACAACUACAACUACAACAACAUCACAUGCAUCACAUACAUCACAUACAUCAAAUAGAUCAAAUGGAAGUAGAGGUGGAAUACCAUCAAUACCACCAUUUAAUGGAAGAUCAUCAAAUCAUAAUAAUAAUAAUAAUAGUAACAGUAAUAAUUAUAAUAAUCAUCAACAAACCAAAACUAAUUCUGCCGAAGAACUAAUAUUGGAAGAGUUAAAAUCUUUGAAUAUUUAUGAUCAAGCUGCUUGUAAUAAAGAUUUUCAAACCAAUUUAAAAAGAGUUGAAGAACUUUUUAAUCAAAAAAUUAAACAUGAACAAAAGUAUCGACAAUCAUUGGAAGAGAAAUUGGGUAAAGCAAAUCAUCAAGUUUCUUUAUUAACAAAUCAAAUUCAAAGUAUCAUUCAAAAAGAUGAAUUAACCUCUUUGAAAAAGGAAUAUAGUGAAUUGAAAAAGAAACAUAGUUUACUCUAUUCAGAGGAUAUUGAUGAUUUACCAACUGAAACUUGUUUAAAACUUGAAGAAAUUCAUGUAAAAUCUUUAGAAAAAUUAAGAGUUAAAAAAUUACCAUCUUCUAAUCAAUUAUCAACAUUACAACAACAAAUACCACAACAACCAACAACAAUAAUAUGUAAUAAUAGUCAAAUAAUUCAACAACAACCACUACCACCAUUACAACAACAACAACAACAACAACAACAACAACAACAACAACAACAACAACAACAACAACCAUUAGAAAUUCAAGAACAAUUAACAAUGUUACAAUUACAACUUUCACAAUUAUCUCAACAACAACAAAACCAAAUCGAUAAACAACAAAAACAAGAAAAAUUACAACAAGAACAACAACAACAACAAUUGAAAAAUAUUAAUAGAUUAUCAAUUUCAUCAAAUAGUUCAACAUUAUCAUCAAAAGAUAGUUUUUAUUUUGAAUCAAAGAUUCAAGAAUUAUCAAAUCAAUUAAAAGAGAAACAACAAGCUAUUACCGAUCGUGAUAAUAAAAUUAAAGACUUUGAAAAUCAAUUAAAUAAAUAUAAAUUAAUCGGAUUGGAUUCAUUGGAUCAUUAUCAGCUUUUAGAGUUGGAAUCAAGUUUUCAUAAUGGUUUAAAACAAAUUGGUUCUAUAAAAGAUCAAAGAUACCUCAAUCGUUUGGUUUCACUGGAAAAAGAGAAAGAUCAAUUAAAAGAUCAAAAUAGUUGUGUCAUUUGCGCUUCAAACCCUCCAAAUAUUGUAUUACUACCAUGUAGACAUAGUUCAUUAUGUUCAGAUUGUUGUUCAAAAUUAACAAAAUGUCCAAUUUGUAGAUCCCAUAUUGAAAAUAAGAUUUCAAUUUAUCAAUAA